AUGCUUACAAUCAAAUUAAGGGAUAAAAAAGGUGAUUCUUAUACAUCAGUAUAUCCUGAAACACUAAUUUCAGAACUCAAACAAAAGUCUUACCCAUUACAAUGGUCUCGAGGAGAUGAUAUUAUUUUUUUAUUUAUGGGAAAUGAAUUAAGUGAUGAUCUAACUAUCCAACAAUGUAAAAUUACUGAAGGGGCAUGUAUUGUUGUAGAUUUUUUUAAAAAUACAGAUGGACAUAAUCGACAACGACCAGCACCAAGGACAUUUAAUUAUCAAUACCAAAGGGCAGAGCAUAUGCAAAGAACUUCAGAAGAAUGUAUGGAGUUGACUAUGGAAUGUAUUACACCAGCUACAUUAUUUAUGUUUUUUGGGUUAAUUCUCAUUGGAUUAAUUUUAUGUAGGUUAUGUUUCCCGUUAUUAUUUAAUAGAGGGUCUAACAUAAUUAUUACAUUGUUGUUGAUAAUUUACAUUAUUUCAUUAUUCAAAUUCUUUAUUAUAAGAAGGUAA